AUGGAAGAGAAUGAAGGUAUUGGAGAUUUCUUUGGUAGAUUACAAGUUCUUACUAAUUCAAUGAAAGGUUAUGGUGAGAAAUUCACUGAUCUAAUACUGAUUGAAAAAGUAUUAAGAUCAUUGAAUCCAAAAUUCGACCACAUUGUGGUUGCUAUUGAGGAAUCAAAGGAUUUGGAAUCCAUGAGCAUUGAUGAAUUACAAGGUUCCCUCGAAGCCCAUGAGCAAAGAUUGCAAGAAAGGAAUAAUUGUAAUACAAAGCUUGUUGAAACAGCUCUUCAAGCUCAACAAAACCCGAAGAACUCUGGAAAUGAAUCAUCCAGAGGAAAGAGAGGCAGAUUCAAGAACUCAAGAGGAAUAGGCAACCAUGGAUCAAGAGAGCACUCAGAUCAGAAAAAUAACGGCAACCAAAGUUCCAACAGAGGAGGACAUAUUGGAAAUCGAGGGAGAGGAGGAAAAAAGACCUGGGACAAAAAGAAUGUAGAUUGUUACAACUGUGGAAAGAAGGGACAUUAUGCUGCUGAUUGUUGGUACAAGGAUAAAAAUCCUGCUGAUGAGGCUCAACUUGCAGAAGGAGCAGAUUCAGUUUCUGAACCUGUCCUGUUGAUGGUGACAAACAAGACAACGCCUCAUGACAAGGGUCAAUGGUACUUAGACAUAGGAUGCUCUACACACAUGACUGGUCACAAAGACUGGUUUGUGUGUCUAGAUGAAAGGAUGAAAAGCAAAGUGAGAUUUGCAGGUGACAGCACCAUGCUUGCUGAAGGAAUUGGAAAUGUCUUGAUUUAG